AUGAGUCCAUUUAGUUUGACAAUGAAUACAUUACGCGAAGUUGCUAUAAGAUUUAUUGAAACAAUGUGUCCCGAUCAGGAUAUUAAACUUUUACAUAAAAGAAUAUUAUUAUUUCGAUAUGAACCAUCAUCAUACUCAAUGAUAAUACCACUCAAUCCAAGAGAUAUUCUUGUUCCGGAUACAAUCGUUGAAGUAGUUAUAUCACUCAUAUAA